AUGAUGCUUGGCGUUGGUGGCUUUGCGCAGGUGUUCCCUGAGCAUAAGUUUAUGAUUGUUGAGGCGCUUCGCCAGCGUGGGUUCACGUGCGCAAUGACCGGUGACGGCGUGAACGACGCUCCUGCUCUGAAACGUGCGGAUGUAGGUAUCGCUGUGCAGGGUGCGACGGAUGCUGCACGUGCCGCAGCCGAUAUGGUGCUGACGGGCCCUGGUCUCAGUGUCGUUGUUGAGGCCAUGUUCGUGUCUCGCCAGGUCUUCCAGCGAAUGCUUUCCUUUUUAACUUACCGUAUCUCCGCGACACUCCAGCUUGUGUGCUUCUUCUUCAUUGCGUGCUUUUCGCUGACGCCCCGCGAUUACGGUAGCGAGGAUCCUGACUUCCAGUUCUUCCAUCUGCCCGUGCUGAUGUUCAUGCUUAUCACGCUGCUGAAUGACGGUUGCUUGAUGACGAUCGGCUACGACCGUGUUGUUCCUUCGAAGCUGCCGCAACGGUGGAACCUUCCGNCGGUAGCGAGGAUCCUGACUUCCAGUUCUUCCAUCUGCCCGUGCUGA